AUGUUACCGGGACUACAACUCAAGGUGGUCAAUAAAUUCCUUAUGGACAUCAUGGGAUCGGAAUUACCGUUUGGUGGGAAACCGGUCCUGUUUGCCGGCGACUUCAGACAGAUACUGCCUGUCGUGCGCAGAGGGACAAGGAGUGACAUUGUAAGGUCGUCGAUUAAAUAUAACUCUCUGUGGCGCGACUUGGAACAACUCAGUCUGACGCGAAACAUGUGUGCCGACAACGACGUGGACUUUGUUACUUGGUUGUUACAGCUCGGGAGCGGUCAGUUGCCAGCGGUCUACGAUGUUCGGGGUAGCGUCGAAAUCCCCCGAGAAAUGGUAUAUGACAUCGCUAAUUUGAUUGAUUUUGUUUUACCGCAGCAAAUGUCGUUGGCAAACAUCGACGAGUUUGCUCGGAAAAUAAUUUUAUGUCCCAAGAACGACGAUUGCAGGAAGGUCAAUCACACGGCGUUACAACACAUCGAUGGAGCUCAACGGAGCUACACGGCCAUAGACACUGUUGUGGUCGAUGACCCCGACGAAGUGGCCAAUUAUCCGACAGAGUUCCUCAACACUCUGGAACCGGACGGACUGCCGCCGUACAACUUAACGCUAAAGGUGGGUUCGAUUGUCAUGUUGCUUAGGAACCUAGAUUCUAAAAGACGCCUUUGCAACGGUACGAGAUUGGUUGUCACGGAACUGCGACGAUACAACUUCAAGGCGAGGAUGUUGUCUGGUGGUGCACAGUAAGAAAUAAUCAUACCUGUGAUAUCACUCACGUCGUGUGGCGAAGAUGACCUGCCCAUCAUAAUGCGAAGAGUACAGUUCCCUGUACGUUUGUCGUUUGCGAUGACCAUUAACAAGUCACAGGGACAAACGUUUGAUAGUGUUGGAUUGCUUCUACCUUCACCGGUGUUCACGCACGGACAACUGUACGUAGCUUUUUCGCGAGUGAGG